AUGUCUACCUCCAUCGAAGACACAGAAUUAUUCUCCGACGAAUCCAGCUUUUACGGGGACGAUACCCAAAUAACCCGCUAUGAGGACCUCGCAGAGAGCUACGAUCCAGAGCCAUAUUGGGUUGAAACUCACCCACACCUCCUAACUACCAUCCAGCACAAUGCGCUUGCACCGACACCACCAUCACCACCAUCAAAAACCACCGCUGCACUGAAAGAAGAAGAAGAAGGCAUGCCAUCUAUAGGAUCUCGCAGGUUGCCACAAAAUGCGCGAGGUCGAAACGAGCCAGUACCCGAGUUUCUUGCACGUUUACCACCGUCUAUCACAAAAGAAGAGUCUAUAGGACCGUGGAUCUUCGUGUCGGAACCGAACAGGCAAAAAGGCGUUGAUGAAGAGGAAGAAGAGGAUCUAGCCAACUUUAUUGCGAAGGGGAAUGAGCUGUUAGGAGAGUUCGAGGAGAAAAAGAGCGAACUGGAAGAAGAACACGGCCGCUCUGGUGCCAAAACAAAAACACCGCUCACACGCAAGUUAAACGUUCACCGGCGCGCACUAGAAGAAGACAUUUUCGCGCUGGCGCGGGAGAAUGGUGUUGUCUCCGGGAAAUGGAUGUUAUUCCCGUCUGUCGGCCGCGUGGACGCUGUUUGGAAAGCGGUGGUUGAGGCAACAGUGGAUGGGGAACUGGGGGAUGGGGCGAAAGUUGCGACGGAUGCUGGCGAUCGUAGGGCGCGAGGGAUGAUGAUUUAUACGAGGGAUUACAAGGAUAUUGAAAGUGUUCGGCGGGUGUUUGAGAAGUUGGUGGAGUUGGAAUUGGUGAAUACUGAGCAGCGGAUGGGGAUUUACUACAAAGCUGAUGCGUUUACGUAUCUGCGGAUUCUAGGGGAUAAUCCGUAUGGGUUGAAGGCAAGUCUAUAUUCCAGCAAGGAUAUUUUGGCGGGGAAGGUUUGA